CAACCGCAUUGGAUGGAACGUUACGCCAAGAAGUAGUCCGACCGCUCGUGUCUUUGGUUGUUUUGCCGCUGAGCAGCCCUCACAACACAACGUUCACUUUCCCCCAAAUUAUCCCCUUCGCCCCACUAUCAGUUCCAUCGGGAAAGUGGAUGGGGGAGCUCGCUGUUUUUCUCCAAGUGGGGCCACGCAUGGAUGUCGCAACCGAAGAUGUAACGUCUCUGUCGGGUAUCCGACUCCGGAAUCGUCCGGCGCAAGUGAUGCCCAAGCGGAAGAAGGCGAAAGCGAGGCGGAAAAGGCGCAAAGAGUUGGUUGUAAUACAGAUAUGCUUGUUCGGCGCUUUGCUUCUCAUCGUCAAGGGAUUGUCCUCCUUAGCUGACGGCUCAGGUUCCAACUACAGUACCAAUCACCAAGGGAGAUGGGAGGGAAGGAGGCUACUGCAGACAGUGGACAACAGCAGCACAGUGGAAAUGGAGAUAGAAAAGAAUUGCACUUCUCCAGCUCUGCACGAGUUCCCCACAGACCUGUUCACAAACAAAGAGAGAACUGAAGGAGCAGUGGCCUUGCAUGUCUUGUGUACUAUUUACCUGUUCUGUGCUCUAGCUCUGGUCUGUGAUGACUACUUUGUCCCCUCCCUGGAGAAGAUAUGCAAGCAUCUUCAUCUCAGUGAGGACGUGGCAGGUGCAACCUUCAUGGCUGCAGGCAGCUCGGCUCCCGAGCUCUUCACGUCCAUCAUUGGAGUGUUUGUUACCAAAGGUGAUGUAGGUGUGGGGACCAUUGUUGGCUCAGCAGUCUUUAACAUACUGUGCAUCAUCGGCGUGUGUGGCUUCUUUGCAGGACAGGCUGUGAAGCUCUCUCACUGGGCUCUCCUUCGAGACAGUAUUUACUAUACCUUUUCAGUCACAGCCCUUAUUGUGUUCAUCUACGAUGAGAAGGUGUGCUGGUGGGAGUCUCUUGUCCUUGUUCUGAUGUAUGCAAUCUACAUCCUCAUCAUGAAGUUUAACAACAAAGUCCGGAGUUACCUCAACAAUCGUAAGAAGAGCUCAGUGAAUCUGAUCAAUGGGUUGACAGUAAGCACUGAUCUGGAAGAUGUUAAUUGCGAUGCUACCGCAGUCCUGCUCAAGAAAGCUAAUAUAAGCCAAUAUAAGCCAUCCGUACUUAUGGUAGAUGAGCUCCUGUCUGCAUACCCACACCAAAUGACUUUCUCUGAAGCUGGCAUGAGGAUCAUGAUCACCAGUCAUUUCUCCCCAAGAACCCGCCUAACAAUGGCCUCUCGGAUGCUUAUCAAUGAGAGACAAAGACUGAUCAACACCACAGAGACUCGAGUCAACCACAUCACCAAUGGCGACUCUGAUUCAGCAGCUUGGGCCCUUGGAAGGCGGACCUUAGAGAAGGGUGCUGUUGAACAGGGCCUGAAUGGGAGGAACAUGCCUGACCGACUGGAGUCUGGGAUGGAGAACGAGAAUGAGGAUAAUGAGAAUAACGAGAAUGAUGAAGAAGGAGAGCGAAAAGAUGUCAAUGAAGGCCCAUUGGUGCCUUUCAAAGCUCCAGCGGGUGUGUGUAACAAGCUGAAGUGGUUAACCAUGUGGCCGUUGUCUUUGCUUCUCUUCUUCACCGUACCCAACUGUGGCAAGCGGCGUUGGGAGAAAUGGUUUAUGGUCACCUUCGUCACUGCUACCAUCUGGAUAGCUGGCCUCUCCUACAUCAUGGUCUGGAUGGUGACUGUGAUUGGCUUCACUCUUGGCAUCCCUGAUGUCAUCAUGGGCAUCACCUUUCUGGCAGCAGGCACCAGUGUUCCAGACUGCAUGGCCAGUGUUAUAGUUGCUAGGCAGGGUCUGGGAGAUAUGGCCAUCUCCAACUCUAUUGGCAGUAAUGUGUUUGACAUCCUGGUGGGCCUGGGCCUGCCGUGGGCAUUGCAAACACUCUGCAUAGACUACGGCUCCAUUGUCCAUCUGAACAGCAGGGGACUCAUAUUCUCUGUUGGACUCUUACUGGCCUCAGUCUUCUUCACUGUCGUGGGGGUGCAUUUGAAUAAAUGGACUUUGGACUGGAAAUUGGGCUUAGUCUGCCUCGUCAUGUAUGCCAUCUUCCUCUGUUUCUCUGUCCUCAUUGAGUUCAACGUCUUCAUCUUCGUCAACCUCCCGAUGUGCCGAGACAUCCACUGACCUUGCUCUUCCUCUGCUCUUUCUUCCUCUGGCAAAAGGAAGGGGAGGCCUCACUUUGCUCUUGGCGCGAACGAUUGUGCUUCCAAUGAUUUAUCUUUGGUGCAAUGCAUUCCAGAGACGACAGUGGUGCGUUGUGUAAAAGUAUCAGCAACAGCGAUGGUUGCCAGAUAUUUUUUAAUGCACCAAAUGCUUGAAUGAAGGGAACUUAAUUUUAUCAACACCAACAGUUAGCCUGCCAUCAGUGAAGAAGCUGCUGCUGCCUCACUGAACGAGAAAUUGAACAUUGGGGUUUUAAUUGGAUUGUUUGUUACAGUUUGUGACGAGUUUUGGAUAAAAACACAUAAUGAAGAUACUACUUUGGUAAAACAGAACAAAACAAAACAAAAACAUAAUUCUCUGGAUUUAUGAAAACUGAUAGUAGCUGGAAUUCUCUUAUGCACAUAUUGGUGAUCCAAAGGCAGUGAUCGUUCUUCACUUGAGCACAGUACAGUGGUUAAAUAUGCCACGACUGUAAUUCACUCUGAUUUUCUUUAACAUUUCUCCUGUGUUUUUCUGAUGAUAUGGCAUGCUGUCAUCUUCUGUUUUGCACUGACACAGGGACUUUAAAUAUUUACACUUAUUUACAAAUUCUCAAAUUCUAAUUCAAACAACAAAUCCCCGUACAUUUUUAGUGUUAUUACCUUUCAUGAAAUACACAUAUAAAAGGAAUUUUCCUGCAACGGGCAUCUCGCACUGACACUUUAUUAACUGGAUAUUUGUGAUUCUUUCACUGGCAGGCACUGGACUGAAAAAUGUUCUCUACACAGGGAAGCUUUUGGACAAUAUUGUGUAAAAAUGUUGCACGCAUUCUUUUUGUACGUGAUAGUUUUGGAUUUUAGAGUGUAUGUGUGUGUGUAUGUGUGCGUGCGUACACGGCAGUGUGCACGAAGAGAAGCCAACGGCAUUACGUACUGCUACUGGGGAGACAUAAUCAUAAUUUAUUUAUGAAUUAAUUUAUUCAAAGAUCAUGUCCACCACCAGUUUCAGUCCUAGGUCGGAGUAAAAGUGGUGAUGAUGAUUAUGGAGCUGAUGCACUGUACCUAAUAUAGAAUCUGGAAAAUGACUUGAUGUUUAUACUUAAGAAUAGAACUUUAUAUUGUCAAUGUAACUUGAAAAUAUAUUUCCACAGAUGUGUCAUAGUAUUAAGAUAGAACAGAUUUUCUAUGGCAAUUUGUGAUUAAGUACAUAUGCAGACUGUGUGACUGACAUCACUGACAUUUUAUCUGUCACAUACAGCGGCUGAAAUAAGUGUUUAAAACGUCACCAUUUUUCUCAUUAAAUGUAUUUCCAAAGGGGCUAUUGAAAUUUCACGAGAUGUUGGGAACAAGCCGAGUCAUCCAUAUAAACAAAGAAAGAAGAAAUAAGAUCACAAAUUAAG